AUGUCCAUCCUCGCCCGCCAGACCGUUCGCUCCGCCCGUACUGCUUUCCGUCAGCAGCAGGCCCCCCUUCUCCGACGCAACCUGCACGUCGAGAACACCCACGAGACCGUGAUCCCCUUCCCUUCGGGUCCCACUCGCAAAGUCCCCGUGGCCAUCAGCCUCACCACCUUCCUCGUGUUCGGCUUCUCCCUCCCCUUCAUCGCUGCCAAGUUCCAGAUCGCCAAGGCUUCCUGGUAA